CCUCCUGAGUGUGCAACAGAAGAGAACACAAUUACUAGCAUGGCGCUUUUCUCUUCUACCUUCUUCUCUCUUCUUUUCUCUCUCCUCUCCUCUUCCUUUCGUGUGUGAACAACAAAGUUUGACCUUCCCGCUCCGCUUACAGCUCAGCGUACGUGGCAAAGUAGAAGAGCAGGAGGAGAUACGUGCUCUUUAUGCCGCUUGCUAACUUGCAAGCUUAGCAACAACAGAAGGUGAUGCGGUCGCCAUGGCGACGGUAACCGAGGCAUGGGAGUGACGUAACCCAGGUGGCGCUUCUCCCGCUAAAAAAGGCUCAGACCAUGGACGAGUCGGUCCUGCUGGACUUGCUGGAGUGUCCGGUGUGCCUGGAGCGCCUGGACGCCUCGGCCAAGGUUCUGCCGUGUCAGCACACCUUCUGCCGCCGCUGCCUGCAGGGCAUCGUGGGCUCCCGCGGCGAGCUCCGCUGCCCCGAGUGCCGCACGCUGGUGGAGUGCGGCGUGGACGAGCUGCCCAGCAACAUCCUGCUGGUGCGGCUCCUGGACGGCAUCAAGCAGAAGCCGCGGCGAGCCGGGACCGCCGACGGUGCCUCUGGAGCUGGGCCGCGAGGAGCCAGGGAGCAGGCUGCACCCGGAGCGCAACCCCAGCGAGUGCAGGCCAAGAGCUCUGUGGUCCGACAGGGUGUGUCCCAGCUGCCGUGUGCCAAGGCGCUCCACAACUACGACGGCAAGGAGCCGGGGGACCUCAAAUUCAACAAGGGCGACGUCAUCAUCCUGCGCCGGCAGGUGGACGACAACUGGUACCACGGCGAGAUGGGCGGCGUCCACGGCUUCUUCCCCACCAACUUUGUGCAGGUCAUCAAGCCGCUGCCUCAGCCGCCGCCUCAGUGCAAGGCACUGUACGACUUUGAGGUCAAGGACAAGGAGGCCGACAAAGACUGUUUGCCCUUUUCCAAGGACCAUGUUCUCACUGUCAUCCGCAGAGUGGAUGAGAAUUGGGCAGAGGGCAUGCUGGGAGAUAAAAUUGGCAUUUUCCCCAUCUCCUACGUGGAGUUCAACUCGGCAGCCCGGCAGCUGAUUGAGUCGGACAAGAUGUCGGAACAAACGGGCGAGGGUGGCGAGGGGCCCUCGUCCCAGUCGGGACCCCAGAGCGGCAACAAUGGGGGCCCGCGGGACAAGAAGAACAGCAAGAAGAGACAUUCCUUCACCUCCCUCAGCAUGGCCCCCAAGCCGGUGUUGGCCCCGCCCCCUCAGCGCCACUCCAUGGAGAUCAGCGGCCCCGUCCUCAUCAGCUCCAGCAACCCCACCGCCGCCGCUCGCAUCGGCGAGAUCACCGGGGGGCUGUCCUGCAGCGCACCUUCGCAGGUACACAUUUGCACCAGCGGCCUGAUCGUGACCCCGCCCCCCAGUAGUCCCGUUACCACGGCGACGGUCUUCACAUUUCCUUCGGAGACGAGCUACACGGCCAUCCCGCUGGAUGCUCUCCCACCGCCCCCGCCUCCUCCCCCGCAGUCGUCUGGCAGAGGUGAGGCCUACUCGCUGGCGGCGGGACAGAGACCUUCCCCCAACAUAGGCGACCAGAGCGGGAGACAAAGACCCACCGUGUACGUGGCCAUGUUCCCCUACGCUCCUCGCAAAGAAGACGAGCUGGAGCUGAGGAAGGGGGAGAUGUUCCUGGUGCUGGAGCGCUGUCAGGACGGCUGGCUGAAGGGUACUUCCAUGCAUACUGGAAAGAUUGGGGUAUUCCCAGGAAACUACAUGAGUCCUGCCAGCAGGUCAGGCAGCGGUCAGGUGAAGGUGCCGCUGAGUGUUUGCACGCAGGCGGGCAGAGGGAUGGCGGUGGUCAGCACCUCACCUGUGGUCAGCGCCUCACCUGCCCACCUUGGAGCGGUGGUGGCAGGCGCGGACCACCCCAAACCUCCUGCGGUGAACUCCGGCUCCGUGGCUCAGCCCGUUGUCACGGUAACGACCCAGACGGCCACCGGGCAGCAGCCCAAAGUCCCGUUACACCUCGGCUCUCAGAUGACAGUAACUCAGGCUCGCAACGCUGUCAGGACAGCGGCCAAUCAGAGUCAGGAGCGGCCCACAGCAGCAGCGACGGCCGUCCAGCCCCGUGUGGGAGGGGCCCUGGGGUGUGCCGCCGCCUCUUUGACCCCGCCAAACGUCAGCGCGGCGUCCUUGGAGGCGGACGCCGUGAGAUCCGUCGCCGCGACCGUCGGGGCCGGCAACAACUCCGCCCUGGGCGCCGGCCGACCGGACAAGGACGCCAAGAGGGAGAAGAAAAGUCUCCUGAAGCUGCUGUCCAACAAGAAGAAGUCUCGGCCCUCCCCGCCCUCCUCGCCCACGCUGGAGGCGGAGCAAGCGGCCAUCAUGGAGUCACCCCAAGGCGCCGUGGGACCUGAAAACUCCGUUUCCUGUAGCUCUCACAGCAACCUGCUGGACGCUGACGUCACUUCCUCUUCCUCGUCUGAGCGCAAGAACCCGCCUGUGGACGCUCCCAUAGCUCCGCCUCCUCGCCAGCCGUGCUCCUCGCUGUCGUCACUGCAGCACGACGCACGGCCCAUCAUCUGUGAGAGGUACAGGGCGGUGGAGGCGUACCCCGCCCAGAGCGAGGCAGAGUUGGAUCUGAAGGUAGGCGAGGUGGUGUUGGUGCACAGGAAACGAGAGGACGGCUGGUUCAAAGGAACGCUGCAGAGGAACGGAAGGACAGGUUUGUUCCCGGGCAGCUUUGUCCACAUCAUCUAACUAAGUACUUGACUUGUACUAUGUGUGCCUUGGACUUGUCUAGUACACACUCUUGUAGCUUAUCCCAUGGACCAAGUAGUACUUUGACAAUGGGAACCCUUCAAAAUAAGACACCGACUUUGAUAAUAGACUGUGCAGUAAUCUGGUAAAGUAUUUGGAGUAGCACACAAGCUGCUAGCUACACAAGUAUUUGUGUAUUUGAAGUAGCACACACGCUGCUAGCUACACAAGUAUUUGUGUAUUUGGAGUAGCACACACGCUGCUAGCUACACAAGUAUUUGUGUAUUUGGAGUA